CUUCCGUAAACUCACCCAUGUCCCUGUGUGGUCAGUUUGUGGUCAAUGUGAUACAACGCGUCUGUCUGCUUGCCAUUUGUUCCAGAGCUUCCGGGAUCUAGACUAGGUCCAAAUGCUUGCCCCUGGUGCAUGAGCGCGGCUGUGACCGUGCGCUUUAGUCCCGGGGCAGUUCUGGGCGGUCCCUGUGCGCACUUGUCCCGUGACCAACGCGUGAUGAACAACUGACGAAGACAACACGGAGGUGAGACUUUCGGCUUGUGUCCCGGCUACUUCUGUUGACCCGGUGCAGGUUUAAGAUAUGCCUGUGAUCAGGAGGGCCCUCUUCCCCUGGGGGGCUCCAGCCUCACUGCUCUGGACUCUGUUGCUGCUGGUGGGCUUUUCAGAGUCUAAGCUGCAGCUGUCCGCUCCAGAGGCUGUCACGCUCCAACUGCUCCAGCAAGACACGGUUCACAUCAGCAGCAGUGCCCCUCUGAACGAGACUCUGGUGCUGUUGCUCAAUGUGACGUCCAGCUCCAUCAGCAACUGGUCCAGUGUGGUGUCCCUCCCUCACGAGGUCCCUCUGAGUGCAGGUAGCUCAGAGGCCUUGUUUAACGUGAGUGCGCUGGCUGUAGGACAGGUCACCGCCUUCCUGAACUCCAACCGCUCUGACCUCAGCGUGUCCCUGCGGAUCCGUUUUCUGGUCAUCCACAGCCAAGUGGUGGAGUUGCUGAGUGAGGUCAUUGGCUGGAUCUACUUCCUGGCCUGGUCCGUGUCCUUCUACCCACAGGCCUGGGAGAACUGGACCAGGAAGAGUGUGGUGGGGCUCAACCUGGACUUUCUGGCUCUGAAUCUGACAGGAUUCUUCGCCUACAGCGUCUUCAACAUCGCCCUCUUCUGGGUGCAACCUAUAAAGGAGGAGUAUCUGAAGAGGGACCCAAAUGGCGUGAUCCCAGUGACGGCCAGUGACGUGUUCUUCAGCCUGCAUGCUCUGCUCCUGUGCUCGCUCUACGUGUGCCAAGCUGCUCUCUACCAGAGAGGGGGGCAGACCGUCUCCUGGCCCGCUCGAGGCCUCUUGCUGCUCGGCUGGACCUUCGCUCUGGUCACCCUCUUCCUGGCUGUGGCCCAGGUCAUCACGUGGCUCCAGUACAUCUAUUACUUCUCCUACAUUAAACUGGCCGUGACACUGGUCAAAUAUAUGCCUCAGGCCUACAUGAACUACCAGCGCAAGAGCACAGUGGGCUGGAGCAUCGGGAACGUGCUGCUGGACUUCACUGGAGGAGUGCUCAGCAUCCUACAGAUGGUGCUGCAGUCCUACAAUAAUGAUCAGUGGAUGCUAUUCUUUGGAAACCCCACCAAGUUUGGACUGGGCCUGUUCUCCGUGCUCUUCGACCUGCUCUUCAUCAGCCAGCACUACUGUCUCUACAGGACAAAGUACCAGCCUUUACCUUCGGAGGAGCAGGACCCAGACCAGGACUGCCCCAGGAGGACUGCCCCAGAACUGCCCCAGGACUAAUCCAGGACCACUGCAGUAGCUCCAGGAUUUUAAAAUGGGAGCGGUUAACUGGGCCACAUGUAUAUUUAUUAUACACCUUUGUAUUUAGGUGUGGUUUGAGGAUCCUUUAUUUUAAUAUGACAAACCAUGGAUUUUGUGCACUUUUGGGGUGUCCCAGCGGGCUAGGCUAAUUAUAAUAAAGUUUUCUUACAAUUACUGAUAGAGUAUUUAUUGUUUUACUUCAGCAUUCACAAUCUGUACAAGAGAUGAAUGUGUGAAGAAUGAUCAAGUCACUCAGCUCAUUGUUCUGCACAAACUGCCCCAUUCACACCUUUUAGUUUUUAUGUAUUUGUCCAAAGUGAGGACAACAUGCUCCUCUAAAUCAGGAUAGUUGGCAUAGUCCUUCUAAAUCAGAACAGUUAAAAUAGUUAAAAAUAUUUUAUUAAACCUUUUAUAAUAAGUUAUGAUUAACUUGUUUUAUAGUUAUGGCCGCUUAGUGUAAGAGAACAAUGAGCAAAAUGCAUUCAAAUGCAAAUUUUGAAUCACUAGCCAGUCAUGGCCUGACCAUUGGGGGGGACAUUCAAAUUCCAGGGGAAAUCAGGGCCAUCCCUUGGGGGCACCCAGUAUUUUUACAAAAAGGGCAUUUUACAAUUUUUUGCAAUUUUAUAUUUAUAUCAGUAACCAAUGGACCCAUGUUUGUAAUUUUAGAUGUAUUUUAUCAUUGUAUUAUC